AUGCAGGCUUUCCCCAACUGGACCCAGACACCCGUACUUGAGCGAAGCAGAGUGCUGCUCCGACUUGCACCGAUUCUGCGCCAAAGCAGCGAUGAAAUGGCAAUAAUGGAAACACGCGAUACUGGAAGGGCGCUCUCCGAAACCAGCACCGUCGAUAUUGCAGGUGGUGCGGAUCGCUCUUUGAACGCUGCUCUGGCUGCUGGAAACACUAUGGUUUACAAACCAUCCGAGUACACACCGGCCCACGGUACUGUUCUUGCAGCCAUCCUGACUGAAGUUGGAUGCCACCCAGUCAGCUCUCCCGGUCAGGUCUCCACUGGCAAGAAGGUCGCAAGUUCAGCUGUUCAGGGUAUGAAAUAUGUGACGAUGGAGCUGGGUGGCAAGAGUUCUCUCAUUGUCCCGCCAGAUGGCGACAUUUAA